CGCAUCUGUUUUCUGGUGGGUGUGUUCUUUCACGGUGUUCAGUGCGACGUUUCAGUAAAGUUCUAAGAUGGCGACGGUGCAUCUGAGAAUCGGGGACCUAGUUUGGGGAAAACUCGGGCGCUAUCCUCCGUGGCCAGGCAAGGUCGUCAGUCCACCAAAGGACCUGAAAAAGCCAAGAGAAAAAUGUCAUUUUGUCAAAUUCUUUGGAACUGAAGACCAUGCCUGGAUAAAGGUGGAGCAGCUGAAGCCAUACCACCCCCACAAAGAGGAGAUGAUCAAGAUCAACAAGGGCAAACGUUUCCAACAGGCUGUGGAUGCAGUGGAAGACUUCCUGAAGAAGAAAGAGAAACAGGGAGGGAAAGAACAGAGCUCUGAGGGGAAAGGAGACUCUAAAGGGAAGAAGACACCAACUAAACCUCUGAAGAUCCUAGAGGAAGAUGAUGAAGACCUCAGUGCCCUGAAAGACCCCUCUGAGAAGCCAGUACAGGAUGAUCCCCAUUUCCACCACUUUCUGCUCAGCCAGACUGAGAAGCCUGCCUCAUCCAUGGAGCCUAUCAGUAAACGCCUGAAGAUCGUCGAGGAGGACACGAGGUCACCGUCUAUCCAAGCUGCAGACAGCACCGCCAUCAACGGCAGUAUUACUCCCACAGACAAACGGUUCCUAGGGCUGGGGCUUAUGGGUAGCGGAAUAGUGUCUAACCUGUUGAAGAUGGGUCACGUCGUCACAGUGUGGAAUCGUACAGUAGAAAAGUGUGACCUGUUCAUCCAGGAGGGGGCCAGGUUAGGGCGGACCCCAGCAGAGGUGGUCUCCAUGUGUGACAUCACCUUCUCCUGCGUCUCAGACCCCAAGGCUGCCAGGGAUUUGGUGCUGGGUCCCAGUGGAGUGCUCCAGGGCAUCAGGCCAGGGAAAUGUUACGUAGAAAUGUCUACCGUGGACCCAGAGACCAUCACAGAGCUCUCACAGGUGAUAUCGUCGCGGGGCGGCCGCUUCCUGGAGGCUCCUGUGGCUGGGAGCCAGCAGGUGUCUAACGAGGGCAUGCUGGUCAUCCUAGCGGCCGGAGACAGGACGGUCUACGAAGACUGCAGCUCCUGUUUCCAGGCCAUGGGCAAGACCUCAUUCUUCCUAGGUGAGGUGGGUAACGCAGCGAGGAUGAUGCUGAUCCUCAACAUGGUACAGGGAAGCUUCAUGGCAACCAUCGCCGAGGGGCUGACCCUAGCCCAGGCCACAGGCCAAUCACAGCAUACCUUCCUGGACAUCCUGUCUCAUGGUCAGAUGGCCAGCACCUUCGUGGACCAAAAAUGCCAGAGUCUUUCCCCCGGAUCUUUCCAGAUAUCCUUACAGGGCAACUUCAAACCAGACUACUAUUUGAAACACAUUCAGAAGGAUCUGAGGCUAGCCAUCUCCAUGGGCGACACAGCCAAUCACCCGACCCCUAUGGCUGCAGCAGCCAAUGAGGUCUACAAGAGGGCUAAAGCACUGGACCCAGACAACGACAUGUCAGCUGUCUACAGAGGCCUACAUUCACUAAAACCUCCUGAAGAGUCUCUCCUCGACCUGUCCUCUCCCCGACCUGUCCUCUCUCGACCUGUCCUCUCCUCGACCUGUCCUCUCCUCGACCUGUCCUCUCCCUGACCUGUCCUCUCCUCGACCUG